CUCGUUCGUGCCUGUGCAUCUUAAUACUAAUAAAUGUUCUUUGCGUGUAUGUAAAACGAAUCGUAUCGUCUCUCGGUCUACCUAGCAUACAUGACAAAAGAGUUGGCGACGAGGAUGGGAUCUUCGAACAUUAGUUUUGAAUCUUAUGAUGCGUCUGUGGAAGACUGGUCCAGUUAUGUGGAACGUUUAGAAUCUUACUUCGUUGUUAAUGGGAUCGAAGAUAAAAUGAAAGUCCCUGCUAUUUUAAGCCUUAUGGGAGCAACAACGUAUAAAUUGUUAAAGAAUCUAGCCACUCCCAACAUUCCUUCUGAAUUGACUUAUCAAGAUAUCGUAAAAUUACUUUCGGAACAUUUGAAUCCUAAACCACUGGAGAUGACAGAACGGUUUCGUUUCUACAAGAGGAAGCAAUUUGAAGGUGAGUCCAUUGCAAAUUAUUGUGCCGAAUUUCAAAAACUGUCGAUACACUGUAACUUUGGGAACAAUUUAAGUACGAUGCUUCGUGAUAAAUUGGUGAUGGGUCUCAAAAACGAAAAUAUACAGAAAAAGCUGUUAGCAGAGGAUAAGUUAACAUACGAAAAAGCUAAGAGCAUUGCAUUCGCAAUGGAAUCUGCUCAGAGAAAUGUGUGUGAAAUUCAGAAUCAAAUGGUAUCGAUAAAAAAAUUACAUAGUUCGCAAGAUAAAACUAUCAAAAAAGAUUUUUCUAAAUUUAAGAAAUCUGAACCUACAAAGAAGUUUGAUAAAUCUCGGAAAUGUUACAGAUGUGAUAGUACUCAACAUUUAGCUCACGAAUGUAAGCACAAGAACACUCAGUGUAGGAAUUGCUUAAAGAACGGGCAUUUGGCAAAAGUCUGCCGCUCAAAACUUAACGAAACAGUUAAACAAAUAGAAUCUUGUUCUGAAACUGUACCAGUUAAUAGCGUUAAAUCACCACAACAUGCAAGGGAUAAGAUUUUAUUAGAAAUUUUUGUUGAAGGGAAUAAGUGUUUAUUUGAAUUAGAUACUGGUGCUGCUAUUAGUUGUAUGAAUGUGAAUGAAUUUAAGAAACUUUGUCCGGAUGUAGCCAUUAAGCCUACCAAAUUAUUGCUUAGGAAUUUCGAUAAUUCUAUGAUAACAGCAGCUGGCCAAGCAGUGGUGCAAAUUCAAUACAAAGAUCAAAUUAAUACAGAAACUAUUUAUUUGGUACAUGCAAAAUAUGAGAAAAUUUUUUCUCCGGGUAUCGGGAAACUGGAAAAGUUUUGUUGCCGUCUUCAAAUGAAACCUAAUUACAAACCGGUAUUUUUUAAACCUCGACCAGUACCAUUUGCUUUAAAAGAAAGAAUAGAAGCUGAACUUAAGAGGUUAGUUGCAGAAGACAUCAUUGAGCCGGUGACAUAUAGUGAGUGGGCUACACCAAUUGUUCCUGUUAUCAAGCAGAAUGGGAACCUACGAAUCUGUGGUGAUUAUAAGGUGACUAUCACCCCGGGACUAAAAAUUGAGCAGUAUCCUUUACCCCGUAUCGAGGACAUUUUUGCUGAACUGUCAGGAGGAGAGUUCUUUACUAAAAUUGACUUAUCUGAGGCAUACCUUCAAAUGUUAGUUGAUGAGCGGGACCGACAUCUAUUGACGAUCAAUACUCACAAGGGUUUGUUCCGUUACAAGAGAAUGAAUUACGGUAUAGCCUUAGCUCCGGCAGUGUGGCAGAGAGCCAUUGAACAAGUUUUAUCAGGCAUCGCGGGGGUACACAAAUCUGUGAAUUAUUGUGGUCAUACAAUUGAUAAAUUCGGCCUCCACAAAACACAAGAAAAAAUCUAUGCAAUUACGAAGGUACCAGUUCCAAAAACUGUAUCUGAUUUGAAGAGUUUUUUGGGUUUAGUCAAUUACUACGGAAAAUUUAUUCCCAACUUAUCUACUCGUGUCGCUCCUUUCAAUAAUUUACUGCAGAAAGAUACUAAAUUUUUGUGGACUGCAGAAUGUGAAAAAGCUUUCAAGGCAUUGAAACAAGAAAUUGCUUCAGACCGAAUUUUAUGCCAUUAUGAUCCUAAGUUACCUCUUGUAUUACAAACUGAUGCAUCACCAGUUGGAAUAGGAGCAGUUUUAAGUCACAUUAUGCCAGAUGGUUCAGAAAAACCAGCAAUGUUUGCAUCAAGGUCAUUGACUAAAACGGAACGUAAUUAUUCGCAGAUAGACAAGGAAGCAUUGAGUAUCGUAUGGGGAGUAAAGAGAUUUUAUCAAUAUUUAUUUGGUCGACAUUUUGAUCUCGUAACCGAUCAUAAACCCCUAGUAUCAAUUUUCGCACCUAAUCGUAGUUUACCAUGUCUAUCAGCAACACGAAUGGUUCAUUAUGCACUUUUUCUCCAAGCAUUCAGUUAUACAAUCAAGUAUCGAAACACAAAGAAUCAUGGCAAUGCCGAUGCACUUUCACGGUUACCACUAACAGUUGACAAGGACUGUGAGUACUUGACUGAAGCAGACGUGACAAAUAUUUCGCAAGUUGAAUUAAUGCCUGUUACAGCAACCGACAUAGCUAGAGCUACUAAAACUGAUAGGAAAUUGUUCGAACUGUAUGAAAGUUUAAAAUCUGGAACUGAAUUACCUGUGCCUUGGAAAGGUAGAGAAUCUGAAUUUUCAUUGCAAAAUGGUUGCAUAAUGUAUGGUCAUAGAGUAUGCAUUCCUGAAAAGUACCAGAAUCAAGUUUUGGAAGAACUUCAUGUUGGACAUCCUGGAAUUGUCAAAAUGAAGGCCUUAGCUAGAAGCUACUGCUAUUGGCAAGGUAUGGAUGCCAGUAUAGCCAAUUUUGUUCAGAACUGUUCAGCUUGUAUCGCAACGAGGAACGAACCAGCAAGGAUAAAUCGACAUCCGUGGGAAUGGCCAAAUGGACCUUGGCAAAGGAUACACGUUGACUACGCUGGUCCUUUUAUGGGUAAAAUGUUUUUUGUAGUCUCUGAUGCAUAUUCGAAGUGGAUAGAAGUCAUUCCGAUGAAAAAUAUUACAGCUAGUUUUACAAUUCAUCAUCUUCGUAUUCUUUUUGCUCAUUAUGGAAUUCCCUUAACUUUGGUUAGUGAUAACGGCGCAAGUUUUACUAGUUACGAAUUUCGACAUUUUUUGAAACUGAAUAAUAUUAAACAUAUAACUUCAGCACCUUACCAUCCUGCUUCGAACGGACAGGCAGAAAGAAUAGUGCAGUUGUUCAAAGCUUCGUUGAAAUCCAGUAGAGGUGAUUCUGGAGAUCUAAAUGUGAAAUUACAAAGAUUUUUAUUACAGUAUAGAAUAACUCCACAUUCACUCACGGGAGAAACUCCGAGUGCCUUGUUUUUGAAGAGAUGUAUUCGCACUAGGCUUGAUCUUUUUAAACCAAAUUUGAGAGACAAAGUUGUUCAGAAACAGAGUUCGAGACUUAACACAGAAUCUAUCUUGCGUGAGUUUCAGGAAGGGGAGAAAGUAGCCGUAAGAAAUUAUUCCGGACCUAACAAAUGGAAAAUUGGAACAAUUAUAAACCGAGAUGGAACUUUGAGUUAUAGCAUACAAGUUGGAAAUGAAAUUUGGAAGAGACACGUAGAUCAAAUAAGGAAAUGUGGGAAGUCGAUUGAAUUAUCCCAAGCUGAUACUGAAAUUCCAAUUUACGAUAAAGAAUUGAAUUUUCCAGAUGAGCCAGUAUCCGAUGAUGUUGCUGAAUCGGAACCGCCUGCACCUGAACCUGAAGUUGUCCCUGAACCUAAGGAUGUACCUGUAUCUGCCACUCCAAGUGAUGAGAUGCCACCUGGGCCUGUACCAGAUGCUUCCGGAAAGCCGAAAACUGAUGUGCCACUCCGACGCUCAAACCGAAUCAGGAGACCUCCAGAGAGACUGGUCACGACCUUCGCAGCUGGUGUAAAAGAGUGCGGUUAG